AAAGUUGUAUAAUUUUAUUGUUAUAAAAUCUAAAUAUAAGUGUGAACAGUGUAUGAUUUAAAAAAUAAAUUGAUACGUUUAUAAAACAUCAGUUUAAAAUGUCGUUAAACAGUGCCGGUCGUGUCAUGUACACUUUAGUCAGUAAAAGGACUAGAAGCUUGAAAUUUACUUAUAUUCCAAGAACCAAACUAACAAGUUUUACUAAAUACAAUAACUCCAUGACGAAAAGACAACUUCAUAUAUACAGUUUACUGUAUGGAACAGCAGGUCACAUUGAAACAACAAGCAUGACACAGGGUCUUACAAAGUUACAAGCACAAGAACUAGUUCUUAGACUUAACGAUGAAGAACGAACCAUUCUGACCUCAGCAUUGCAUGAAUAUAGAUCAAAACUAGUCAAAGACGAAUAUGAAGGUCAGCUAGCGGCUUCGAGGUGGAGAAGCAAGUUUGGCAGGCCUUCGAAACUGCCCACUUUGGGCGAUGUAGAUCCUACAGGCACUUUUUGUCCUGUCCCCGAAGACUGGCUAAUAAAGAAAGUUGCUGAAUCAGUGCCAAAACCCACUACAAAAAACCUAGUUGAUAUUGCCAUAGCUAACGCAAUUCCAUUUGUUGGUUUUGGAUUUUUAGAUAACUUUUUUAUGUUAAUUUUCGGUGAUUAUAUUGACUUAUACCUGGGUUCCUACCUCUGUCUAACAACUAUGGCCGCUGCAGCUUUAGGAAACACCCUUUCAGAUAUUCUAGGUAUAGGUACAGCGUUUUAUGUUGAAAGAGUAGCAAACAGAAUAGGUUUUGCGCCCCCGAAAUUGUCCCCCAUUCAGAUGGACAUGCAUUGCUCGCGUAGGGCUGCGAAUUUGGGCAGGGUAUUAGGCGUGACCCUAGGUUGUUGCCUGGGUAUGUGCCCUUUGUUGUUUUUUAAAUCUAAAGCUGAUGAUGAAGAAGAAAACAGUGAUAACACUGAUGAAACUUAAGCUUUACAAUGCCAAUCAGUAUUUUUAAGUGUUCAAGUUAGUUUAAAAGCUUUAAAUGUGUGUUGUACAGCAAGGUAAGAAAAAAAACGCUAUUUAAGGUGUUUUUUACAUACCUGUAAGUCUUAUGAACCACCCUGUAUAUUUUUAACAAUUUUUUUAUCAGUUUAUUUCUAAUUUUUAUAUUUUUUUCUUUUUGUAGCUAUAAAAAACAGAUAUUUCAAUUGAGAACAUUGAAAAAACUUAAGCUUUACAGUGUUAUUCAGUCUUUUUAAGUGUUCUAGUUAGUUUAAGAGCUUUAAAUGCAUGUUGUACAGUAAGGUAGGAAAAUAACACUACGUAUAUGGUGUUUUUGAAACACCUAUAGGUUCAUAUAAGUCUUAUGAAGCAUCCUAUAUAUUUAAUACAGAUUUUACAUUAUUUUAUUUUUUGUUUCCUAGUUUAACAGCUUUAGAUGUGUGUUAUACACUAAGAUAAAAUUAAAAUGCUAUGCUAAGGUGUUUUUAAAACACCUGUAGGUUCAUACGAGUCUUAUGAAGCACCCUGUACAUCUUAUAGAUUUAUAUUUGUUUAUUUUUCGUCUCUUAUGAUAUUUUUUCUGGCUAUGCCAACAUAAAAAUAAUAUAUUUUUUAAUUAUUUCUUGAAUAUACGUCCAAAAUGAAUUCAAGUACAAUCAGAGAUGUAUUAUACCAUCGUAAAAAAAACGUCGUCACAGUGAACUUUGAAAUGAUAAUUUGUUGAUAGUCUCUUUAGAGUCUAUGGCUUUAUCUUAUAUAUCUGAAACUAUCAUGCAAAUAAAUUUAAUCAGGAAAGAAUAUUUUUUGAGAAUAUAUAUGUCUAGGAACUAGUUUUUUACGUUUUUAGCAUACUAUAGAGAUCGUCCGUAAAGAGAUUAUCAUCGAUUUUGAAUUCAGAGGUUACUGUGGCGCUAAUUUUUUCCGGUUAUACACGGGUAAAAUUUUAAAAUCAAAAUUUAUAGAGCGUUAUUAUAGAACAUAUCUUCUUCAUAAAUUUAUGAAAGCAUCUAUCUGUACAAAAAGAAAUAUAUAUAUUUUUUUUUAUUUCUAUGUAGGUAGUAUAAUUUUUAGGUCAUACUUAAAAUACUCUGUAUAUAAUAGAUGGUUUAUGUUAACAAAUUUAUUGUGAGACCAAAAAAUAAGCUUCCUAGUUAGCUUAGAUAACUUUUAUCUAGUCCAAGACACAAAAAAGUGAAAAUUUAGUAUAAUUAACUGUAAAAAAUAAGUGUAUUUUUAAAAUAACUCUUCCUAUAUAUUUUUAGGCUUAUAAAACUUUUUACAGGGUAUGUACUAAACUGAUUGCAAUAAAAAAACUUAUUAGUUUGUAGUACAUAUACAUCUAUUUUAUUAUGAAACAAAAUAUCAUACAUAAAAUGACUUUUGUCACUUUGUUUAUGCACAAAAUCAUUUUUGUUUUAUAGUUUAUUUAUUUCAUUCAUCUACCCUGUAAGUUACUAUUUUAAAUAUUAUUCUUUCAGGGAUUGUUUAUGUUUAA